GAAUUUUGCUGACCAAGACUGGAAAGUCAAACAAACAGCCUUUCGUUUCGAACUCCAAGCUGAGGUUUGACAACAGGCAGAUUAACAGCAAAGAGGAUUCAAGACUGACAACCAAGAUGUGCUUAAUAACUCUCCUCAUUGUUGCUCUUAUAAUACCAUUGUUAAUCUGGCAAAAUGUCAUCACUGUGACAGACUUAGUCACAUCAGGAAAGAAAGUUUCAGAUGUAGUCAUCCCAGCAUUAGAUGAUUCUAGGAUAUCAGGGGCCUUAACACUGACAGUCACAGCCAUUUUCAUUCUAACAAACUCUCUAACAACGACUCUCUUUGUUGCUGUUGCAGCUGCACUUUGGUUGCAUUGGUUCAACAUUGUCCCAUUAAGAGUUUUGAUUGCUUCAGGCUCAGACUUUUACCAUAAAGUUGUCAUGGGAUAUAAUCAGACCUGCACUGAUUCAAAGCCAGCAGCUCAACGAUUGGCUGAUGUUGUUAAAGAAAAAAGCAUUCUGCUGCCAUCACAGAUUGGCUGUCCCCCACUUUACAAAAUCCCACUGGAAGAAAAACAAAUGGAAAUUGAAGGUUGCAAAAGUUUCAGUUUUGGAAAGAAGUCCAGCAAUUGUAACCGAAACAUUAUGGUUGUUGGAGCCGCAGGUGCUGGAAAGUCUACCGUCAUCAAUGCAAUGAUAAACUAUGUUCUGGGUGUUAGAUGGGAAGACUCGUUUCGGCUUAAGUUAGUGGACGAAGGUCGGCCAAAGUCACAACUUCAAAGUCAGACUUCAGAAAUCACAGUGUACAAACUUUACCAUCAGGAGGGUUUUAGAGUGAAUUACUCACUCACUAUUGUUGACACUCCAGGCUUUGGAGGCACUGGAGGCGUAGACAGAGACAAGGAGGUAACAGAGCAGCUGCGUAACCUCUUCUCUAAUGAGAAAGGUGUUGGUGAAAUUGAUGCUGUCUGUUUUGUAGUUCAGGCUGCUUUAACUGAACUGACAUCAACUCAAAGAUACGUGUUUGAUUCAGCCCUCUCAGUCUUUGGAAAAGAUGUGGCAGAAAACAUCAGGAUUCUGGUGACAUUCGCAGACGAGCAGCAGCAACCCGUUCUAGAUGCCAUCAAACAGUCCGGUGUCCCAUGUCCUAAAACCAAAGAUGGAUUACCCGUUCACUUCAAAUUUGAUAACUCAGUUCUGUUUGCUGUGAACAAAUCCUCAGUGGUAAGACGUAUGAUGGGACUGAAUGAAGACAGAACCUUUGAGUUUUGGAACAUGGGAACAAAGAGUAUGGCCAGUUUCUUUGAAAGUAUACGUCACAUCAGAACCAUAAGAUUGACAAUGACUAAUGAGGUUCUGGAAGAAAGAAAGCAUUUGGAAGAUAUAGUUGAGGAUCUGCAGUACCAGGUUAAACUUGGCUUAGCCAAGCUUGAGAAAAUAAGGAUGACAAAGGAAAAACUACAAGAGCAUGAAGCAGAGAUCAGGCAGAAUGAGAACUUUGAGCUUCAUGUCAAAGUGACAAAACACGAGAAAGAGGAUAUUUCUCAAACUGGGAGGUACAUCACCAACUGUAUGCAGUGUAAUGUUACCUGUCACUACCCUUGCAACAUAAAAGAUGAUGCAGAUAAAAAAGGAUGUGACGCAAUGGGGCAGGAUGGAUACUGUACACAAUGUCCAGGGCAAUGUUUUUGGAGCGUGCAUUCUAACCAGAAGUUCAAAUGGAUUUAUUCAGAAAUGAUUGAAAAGAGAACACUGAAUGAGCUGAAACAAAAAUAUGAGAAAGCCUGUGGGCAAAAGCUGACUCUGGAAGAGCUGAUGAGAAACCUGAUAUCUGAUUACGAAUGUAAGCAGGAUGAUGUAGUUAAACUGAUGUCAGAGGCGGCAAAGUGUCUGAACAGGCUGAAGGAAAUAGCCCUGAACCCUAAUCCCCUUACCACUCCAGAAUACAUCCACAUGCUCAUGAAAGGAGAGGAACAGGAGGCCAAACCAGGCUGGAAGGAAAGACUUCAGUCUCUGGAGAAAAUGAAAGAAAAGGCAGAAAUCAUUGCUAAAGUAGAAAAGGGAGAGGGACUCUUAGCUCUGCAGUAAUAUACCUAUGAAUUUGGGUUAUAUUAUUCCACAUUUAAUUAUAAUUUUAUUGUAUUUUUGGGGUGUUCUGUCUUGAACUUCUGGAUAUAAUGGGUGAAAAUUUUUCUGUUUAGUGGAGGCUGGAGCGCUCAGAAUGCUUUUCUAGUUUUUUUCUUAUAUAUCCUGUCACCACAGAACCGCUGUGGUGUAAAACUUCAACUCUUUGACUUUGUAAAGGGCAACUUAAGUUUGGAUCCUAAUAGUUUUUUUUGAAAAAUAGAUAGAUAAUAAUUUGAUUUUAUAUUUACCUGGUUUCUGGGUUGGCAUGGAAAUAUAUUUUUUCUUCUACUUGUGUUACUUUGUUGUACUUUAAACUUAUACCAGUUUUUUUUUAUGUCGAAACACUCGUCAUGUUUUCACUAGAUGGGAAAAUGUAUGGAUUUAAUCGAACUUUGAUCUUUAUUUUAGUCAAACAUCUUCUCAUAACUCAAUUUUGUUAAAUUUGUUUAGUAAUUCCUUUUAAAAAUAAAAAAAAUGUUCUGUCAUUGUGUGUUAGUGUUAGGCAAAGGGGAAUUUCAUUGAAUUGUUUUUGUUUUGUUUUUUGGGGGUGGUUUUUGUUUUGCUGUGUA